AUGAAGUUGAGCGCUAGUCUGGCCACCUCUGUGGCACUUGUUUGCCUGUGGGUGAGCUGCACCAACGCCAGCCAAGCCCCGAUGUACGGUGCAUUGUGUGCCAAGAAGGAUAACUAUGACUCACUUCCCCCACUUCCGUAUCCGACGGUGUACCCUGCGCCAAAGUCGUAUGUGGCCCGCGCAGAGAAGGCUCGCGUUGGCAUCUACCCUGCCAGCAAGUGCGCCGAGAAGGAGAACUCGUCGGGCGAGAGCAGCGAGGAGCAGUACAAGGCCGUCGAUCACUACGAGCAGGUCCGUCAGUGUUAUGACAGCCACGGUAGGCUACUGCCGGUCUCCAUCUGUGUCCAGCUGCCUCCGGAAGCUCCACUGAAGCUGUCCAAGAAUCUGCUCCAGCAGAUCGUCUACUCGCUUGUGGAUAAGCCGGCCGAACACGAGCCAUCGAAGUAUGUCCCGGCCCACCAGAAGCCCUGCGAGUACCCGCGAAAACCUUGUGCAUGUGCCAAAAAGCCCAUGGAAUACAGCGGAGAGUACACUCCACCGAAGACUGAAUACGAGCCGCCGAAGAAGGUGUACGAACCCACCCCGAAGCCAUGCGACAAAGUGAAGGAGUCCUACGAACCCCCGAUGAAGCCGUACGUCCCGAAGAGUUCCUGCGAGGUACACAAACCCGUCUACAAAUCGUCCGAGAGCUACGAGGUGCCCCACAAACCGUACUCUCCUCCGAAGAAGCCUUGCCAUGAGCCGAAAAAGCCCUACACUCCUCCCAAGGACAACUACACCCCACCCCAGGAGCACUACCCCACUCCUCCCAAACCCUACACCCCUCCGACCAAGGCGUACAACCCUCCUCAGGAGUCCUACCCGCACGUCCCGUACAACACCCCUAAGGAACCCUGCAACCACCCCACCGAGUCACCCCGCUACUACACCACCACUCAUGCCCCCUACACCACUGCCGCUCCCUCGUACACCCACCCGCCAACCCAUCGCCCAACUCCGUACCACCCGACGGCCACCUACGCCCCGUACACUCCCCGCUAUCCCUCUCUGUCGUAUAACGCCCCGAACUAUCCGAAGCCAGCAUACCACGAGCCAGCACCUACGGCGCCCUCAAGCUACCCGAAGCCACCGAAGAAGGGUUGCGGGUGUGAAGAGUCGCACCGACCCUACUACAACACUUCCUACUAG